UUGGAAAAGGUCAGGGCAGCCUGGGCACCUCUUGACACCUCCUGAGAUUCCCCUAUUCCCAGCUGGUCCCUGGACUGGGCAGCUCCCAUGUGGGGCUGGGAGGUGAUGGCGGCAGGUGGGCAGCUGCAGGAGGGGAUGUGGUUUUCUGGGUGCUGCAGGGAUCUGGCUUUGCUCUGAGCAUGGUAGAUUUGGGCUGGAGACUGCAGAGGAAUCAUCUGACAUAGAAGAAAGGGGCUGAGUGCAUCACAGGCUUCCUGUGGCUGCAGCCCCCGGCACAGUUCCUCAUUCUGCUCACACUCGGGCCUGAGGCUCAGUGGCGCUCAGCACCGGGGUGUUGGUGGCAGCACUGAGGGGCCCCCCACUGCCCUGUCAUGGCGCCUGCUCUCACCAUCCUCCUCCUCGGCUGCUGGCUGGCCGGGCACAGCGGGGUGUGGGGAGGGCAUGAAUUUCGCAAACCCACCAUCUGGGUGAGCCCCAGCAGGGUGGUGGCGCUCGGGGGAAACGUCACCAUUCGCUGUGAGGGUCAGGACCCAGGCAUGGAGUUGGUUCUGCAUAAAGCUGGACACCUGAACCUGCAGGUGCGGUCAGUGGUACCUAAAGGGAAAGUGGCUGAAUUUCCCAUCACCAGUGUCAGCCAGGAAGAUGGAGGGAGCUACACCUGCAACUAUCGCUCCAUUACGGAGUAUUCCAGUGACCCUGUCGAGAUCAUUGUAGGAG